AUGAGUCGUCCACCCAUUACUGAUACGACCCCACCCCAUAUCGUCGAGGAGAUGCAGAUGAUGAAAAAACGGAUGGAAUGCAUGAUGAACGCGCUUAAGGGAAGAGUUUCCAGUGAUCUCGACAAUCUGGUCCACAGAACAGAUUCACCAUUCACCAUGGCCAUCAACUCUUUUCCCCUUCCUCCAAAGUUUCGUAUGCUGCAAGUGGAAAAUUAUGACGGAAACAAGGACCCGCUGGAUCACUUGAAGUCUUUCAAGACCCUGAUGCACCUUCAGGGGAUAUUGGACGAGAUUAUGUGUAGGGCCUUCCCCACCACGCUAAGGGGCCCUGCAAGGAUAUGGUUCAGUAGGCUGACGCCCAACUCCAUUAGUUCCUUCAAAGAGUUGAGCGCCCAGUUCGCAUCGCACUUCAUCAGGGGACACAGGUAUAAGAAGUCUACUACAUGCCUGAUAAAUAUUAAGCAGCGGGAGGAUGAGACGCUGAGGUCCUACAUAACUCGUUUUAAUAAGGAAGCACUCUCGAUUGGCGAAGCGAACGAGAAGAUCCUCGUAGCAACCUUCACAAACGAAUUACCAAAGGGUAAAUUUUUAUUCUCUUUAUACAAGAAUGACUCGAAAACCAUGUCAGAUGUGCUUUACAGGGCCACCAAGUACAUGAAUGCUGAAGAUGCGCUAUUGGCACGUGAAGAAAAACCCAAGAAGAGAGAGAGGCAAGAGGAAGCCUGGCAGGAUAGGGGUAGGAAGAUGGCUAGAACAAGAGAUAAGAGAGAGGAUUGA